UCAUCAGAAAAACCUCAAUCUUCCUUACCCCGAAGUAAAGUACAUUUUCUCCAAGAUGCAGAUCUUCGUUAAGACUCUCACCGGCAAGACGAUCACCCUUGAGGUGGAAAGCAGUGACACCAUCGACAACGUUAAGGCCAAGAUCCAGGACAAGGAAGGGAUCCCUCCGGAUCAGCAGCGUUUGAUCUUUGCUGGAAAGCAACUCGAGGACGGCCGUACUCUUGCCGACUAUAACAUCCAGAAGGAGUCAACCCUCCACCUUGUCCUCCGUCUCCGUGGUGGUAUGCAGAUCUUUGUCAAAACCCUCACCGGCAAGACGAUUACCCUUGAGGUCGAGAGCUCUGACACGAUUGAUAACGUGAAGGCUAAGAUCCAGGAUAAGGAGGGAAUCCCACCGGAUCAGCAGCGUCUGAUCUUCGCCGGAAAGCAGCUUGAGGAUGGCCGCACCCUUGCAGACUAUAACAUCCAGAAGGAAUCCACCCUCCACCUCGUGCUCCGUCUCCGUGGUGGUAUGCAGAUCUUUGUUAAGACCCUCACCGGGAAGACCAUCACCUUGGAGGUUGAGAGCUCCGACACCAUUGACAACGUCAAAGCCAAGAUCCAGGACAAAGAGGGCAUCCCACCGGAUCAGCAGCGUCUGAUCUUCGCCGGAAAACAGCUCGAGGAUGGCCGGACCCUGGCUGACUAUAACAUUCAGAAGGAAUCCACCCUCCAUCUUGUGCUCCGUCUCCGUGGCGGCAUGCAGAUCUUCGUUAAAACCCUAACCGGCAAGACAAUCACUCUCGAGGUUGAGAGCUCCGACACCAUUGACAACGUCAAGGCCAAGAUCCAAGACAAGGAGGGUAUCCCACCAGAUCAGCAGCGUCUGAUCUUCGCCGGUAAGCAACUCGAGGACGGCCGCACCCUGGCCGACUACAACAUCCAGAAGGAGUCAACCCUCCACCUCGUCCUCCGUCUGCGUGGUGGAAUGCAAAUUUUUGUUAAGACUCUCACCGGGAAGACCAUUACCCUCGAGGUGGAGAGCUCGGACACUAUUGACAAUGUCAAGGCAAAGAUCCAGGAUAAGGAAGGUAUCCCUCCAGACCAGCAGAGGUUGAUCUUCGCUGGGAAGCAACUGGAGGAUGGAAGGACCCUGGCGGAUUACAACAUCCAGAAGGAGUCCACCCUUCACCUUGUCCUGCGUCUGCGUGGGGGUUUCUAAGUGGCUGUUGAUCUGGUGUUGCCGUCUGUUCAAGAAUCAAGUUGUGUGUUUUCUCUAUUCCUCUGUUGUAAGGGAUGAUGAGUCCCUUAAGAAAAACUUUCAGUUCUCCUAUGUUAUUAUCCUCGAAUUGUUGAAUAAAUUCUAGUGCUUUUCACCCCCAAUCUUAUUGUUUCUGAUUAAUUUUCUGUUGUCGAUUUGCUUAUUUUAACUUCUCAAGUUUGAAGAAUUUUAGAAUCAAUCUGGUUUAUUUUG